UUUUUUAGCCUCCUUCUUCGCUAUCGAAACCAUUAACUUGCACCGUUCAACACUCAUCACACUCAUCAUUCAUCACCCAUAAUGUCUGCUGAAGAGGCUGCAUCGACUGUUCAGGAGGAUCAUCCCGUCGAGGAGAUCCCUCAGAAGAAGGGAAAGCAAGGAAAAUAUCGCAGGGAAAAGCCCUGGGACACGGACGAUAUUGAUCACUGGAGGGUCGAGGAGUUCAAGCCCGAGUUCAAUCCAGCACCAUUCACAGAAGAAUCGUCUUUCGCAACACUGUUUCCCAAAUACAGAGAAAACUAUUUGAGAGAGGUCUGGGGACAUGUUACUCGCGCAUUGGAGAAAGUCGGCAUUGCUUGUGUCCUGGAUUUGGUUGAGGGUAGUAUGACUGUUAAGACAACCCGUAAAACUUGGGAUCCUUAUAUGAUUCUCAAGGCCAGAGAUUUGAUCAAGCUGUUGGCACGAAGUGUUCCUUUGCCUCAGGCCCUCAAGAUUCUGGAGGAUGGCAUUGCAUGUGAUAUUAUCAAGAUUGGAAACAUUGUGCGCAACAAGGAGCGCUUUGUAAAGCGUCGCCAGCGCCUCCUGGGACCCAACGGAUCGACAUUGAAGGCCAUGGAGUUGUUGACACAGUGCUACAUUAUGGUGCAGGGCAACACAGUUUCGUGCAUGGGACCCUACAAAGGAUUGAAGGAGGUUCGCCGAAUUAUUAUCGACUGCAUGAACAACGUUCACCCUAUUUACCACAUCAAGGAGCUGAUGAUCAAGCGUGAGUUGGCCAAGGAUCCGAAAUUAGCAGAGGAGUCCUGGGAUCGGUUCUUGCCUCACUUCAAGAAGAAGAACGUCAAGCCUCAGAAGAAGAAGGUGUCGAAGAAGGACAAGAAGGACUACACGCCAUUCCCACCAGCUCAGACACCAAGCAAGAUCGAUCUGCAAUUGGAGAGCGGAGAAUACUUUAUGAAGCCCAAGGAGAAGGAAGCACGAGCCAUGGAGAAGAAGAAGGAGGAGCAAAAGGAAAACAGUCUGAAGCGACAGGCGGAGCGCGAGUUGGCAUAUGUGCCACCAGUUGAAGACAUGCCAAAGAAAAAGAAGAAAAAGGCCGAAGAGUAGACUAGACCGUCGCAACUACCACCGCCAUCACUAUCUCCAUCUCCACCUCUACCGACAUCGCAUUAAUAAAGUCGUCUUGCAUUGUAUCUCAAAGCUCUUCGUGCGAGCCAUCCUUUCGACUGACACUAUUC